GAAUUUUGAUGAAAACCUGGGAGGAAAUAUGUGCGCCACGGUGCCAAGCAGGGAAAAUCCAGGCGGGGGAGAGCAGCUCUGAUCCUUCAGCUUUAGAAUCAGAAACACACUCCGACUCCGUGGCCCACCAUGCCUUGACCUCGGAGCCAUGCCCAAAUGCCUCAACUGGGGCCCCGACUCCGUGGCCUUGACCACCAACUGCUGCGGCGUCGCCUGCUGGCUGGGCGCCGCGCGCCUCGACGCGCUACGGCCCAGCAACCUGCCAACCGUCAGCGACGCAGCGAAGCGAGAGGACCAGGACGAGCGAAAGACGAAGACAUGGUUUCUGGUGCUCGCCUACGAUGGCACCGACUUCGCCGGAUGGCAGCGGCAGGCGGAGGGCGUGCGAACGCUGCAAGGAGAGCUUGAAAAGGCCCUGGCGUUGAUCUUCCGCUUCCCCGUGAAGACGCUGGGUGCCUCGCGGACCGAUGCCGGGGUCCACGCCCACGGCCAGGUGUGCCACUUUGAAUCCCCAGAGUACUGGGACUCCGAUGCCUCCGACGAUGUACUGCUGAAGCGGCUCCGUUUGACCCUGCCUGCAGCACUGCUCGCGCGACGGAUCGGCCGAGCGCCGGAAGGCUUUCAUGCCCGCUUGAGCUCAUGCAGGAAGACCUAUUCCUAUCGUCUCUCCACCAGCCUGGAGCUCUUCCCCUUCGAGGCCCGACGCUGCUGGGCCUGUGGCGCCUUGAACUUGGCGAAGCUCCAAGAAGGGCUGCGGACCUUGGACGGACGUCCACUGGACUGGACUGCCUUCAGCAUGGGCGACUAUGAGCCAGAGUACCAUGGGCCGGUGGUGAAGACGGUCCAGCUGCUCUUGAAGGUGGAAGCUCCUGACCGGCUGGUUCUUUAUGCCACCGGCGAACGCUUCUUGUACAAGAUGGUCCGCCGUAUCGUUGGAGCCCUUGUGGAGGUGGGCAAGGGCCGCUUGUGUCCCGAAGGCCUGGUGGAGGCGGAUCGAAGGGAGAUCCCCACGGCACCGCCACAGGGCUUGACCUUGGAGGAGGUGCUGUAUCCGGAAGAGAUUCAAACAUUGCUCACAGCGGAUACCGGAGGCCGUCAGAAGGACAAGACUGAUGAGAGAGCAGCCUUGGCCAGGACUCGACGGCUGCUGCUGGGUGAUGAGCCCGAAGAGGACAAGGAGGAGGAGGGUCCAGGUGCAGUCUAUCGCGGAGCGCGGGGUGUGAUCGGCGAAGGUGACCGUCAGCGCCAGUAUCGACUAGAUACCGAUGAGCCCGAGACCGCCGAAGCCUUGAGCAAGCUGGCACGGGACGUCCGCCAAGCGGACUUGUCCGCCAAGACCCGCAGCAUGGCCUUCCAAUCCAAGUUUCUUACCCACGACUUGGACAUGGCCGACUUGUUCAAAGAGCGUUUGAGACUGCCGCUGGACAUCACAGAUCUUCCUUUGGAGGAAGAAAGGAGUUCGGAACUCCGGCGCUUUCGCAUCAAGAAAAAGCGGGCCCAUGACAAUGACCAGCUGAGCUUUGUGUCCCCCGGGCAGAGAAGGCAACACUUGAAGGAGAUCGAGAGGGCUGUCCUCAAAACAUCAGAUGAAGAGGCCGUCCGGUCGGCCCGCUUCCGGGACCGGGCGCCACGCAGGUGCAUCGUGGCGGCGUUACCUGGAGCUUCGAUGCUGUUGGAAGAUCUGCAGAUGGGACUAGGUGCAGCAGCCUCAAACAGAAACUCGACCUCCACUUGGUCGAGCUCUAACAGCUGA